AACAGGUCACAUGUCAUCUGGGGAUGAGCUACUUCGAGGUGUACAAUGAAAAAAUCCAUGACUUGCUCAUCGUCAGGGAUGAACAGAACCACAAGAGGUUACCUCUGAGGGUGAGGGAACAUCCAGUCGACGGACCUUAUGUUGCUGAGCUGUCCACGAACGUGGUGAGCUCCUAUGAAGACAUUCAGGGUUGGCUGGAGCUUGGGAACAAGCAGCGAGCCACUGCAGCCACAGGCAUGAACGACAAGAGCUCCCGAUCCCACUCUGUCUUCACCCUGGUUAUGACCCAGACCAAGACUGAGUUUGUGGAAGGGGAGGAACAUGACCACAGGAUCACCAGCAGGAUUAACCUGGUGGACUUGGCCGGCAGCGAGCGCUGCUCCUCGGCCCAGACCAGCGGUGACCGCCUCAUUGAAGGUGCCAGCAUCAACAAGUCCCUGCUGAGCCUGGGGAAGGUGAUCUCUGCCCUGUCAGAGCAGGCCCAGACUAGGAGGAAGGUCUUUACCCCCUACAGGGAGGCUGUGCUCACAUGGCUGCUGAAGGAGAGCCUGGGCGGAAACUCCAAGACGGCCAUGAUCGCCACCCUGAGUCCGGCGGGCAGGAACGUGGAGGAGAGCCUGAGCACGCUGCGGUACGCCAAGCAGGCCGGCAUGAUCAUCAACGUGGCCAAGGUCAACGAGGACACCAACGCCAAGCUCAUCAGAGAGCUGAAAGCUGAGGUAGAGAAGUUACGGGCGGCUCAGAUGAGCUCUCAGGGCAUCGAGCCGGAGAAGAUGCGCCUCUUCCAGCAGGAGAUCUUGGCUCUGAAGAGCCAGCUAACGCAGCAGGAGAGGGAGAUGGCCGAGGCCCACAGAGCGUGGAGAGAGAAGCUGGAGCAGGCAGAGAAACACAAACGUGAGGAAACCGAAGAAUUGCAGAAAGCGGGCGUCACGUUUGCUGUGGACAACCGACUUCCCAACUUGGUGAACCUGAACGAGGACCCGCAGCUGUCGGAGAUGCUGUUAUACAUGAUUAAGGAGGGACAGACCAAGGUCGGCCAGCACAAGUCAGAGUCCCCCCACGACAUCCAGCUGUCUGGGGCCCUUAUCGCCGACCACCACUGUGUCGUUUCCAAUGUAAACGGUGAAGUCAGCAUCACCCCCAUGGAAAACGCCAAGACCUUUGUCAACGGGAACCUGGUCUCUGACACCACUGUCCUGCGUCAUGGCGACAGGGUGAUCCUGGGCGGAGACCACUACUUCCGCUUCAACCACCCGGCAGAGGUGCAGUCUGGGAAACGCGUGUCAUGCUGGACGGGAGCGGGCGAUGGCCAGAAGGACUUUGAGUUUGCCAAAAACGAGCUGCUCUCCGCUCAAAGAGCACAACUGGAAGAGGAGAUCGAGGAGGCGCGUCUGAAGGCCAAAGAGGAGAUGAUGCAGGGAAUCCAGGUGGCAAAAGAGAUGGCCCAGGAGGAGCUGUCGGACCAGAAGGCUCGUUAUGAGAACAAGAUCAAAGCCCUGGAGAGAGAACUGGAGGAGGAGAGCGAGAGGAAGCGGCAGUGGGAGAUGGACCAGCAGCAGGUAGCCUCCAAGAUGGAGGAGCUGCAGUCGGCCAAGGUGGAGCUGGAGCAAGAGGUGGACACGCACAAGACACGUCUCCGCCUCCAUAUGGAAGCCCAAGCCACACGGCGGGCCAUGGCUGACCACGGCGUCCGACAGGCCAAGGUGGUGGAGGCCCUCGAGGCAGAGAAGAGGAAGAUCGGCAAAGACCUCGAGGAGAUGCAGAGGAAACUGGCACUGAAAGGAAGCCGGACUCCGAAAAACGUCCCUCCUCGGUGGGAUGCCAUGAAGUUGUCUCUGAUGAUCGAGGAGGCCAACAAGAUCAGUGACAAACUCAAGAAGAACACAGUUUUCAGCAGACACGAGGGGUCUGAGAAGAAGGGCGGAGAGGGAGAGCUGCAGGUCCAGGUCAGAAACACCAAACUGGGCAUCUCCACCUUCUGGAGCCUGGAGAAGUUCCAGAGCAACCUGGCCGCCAUGAGGGAACUCGACCAGGGGGACCGCAGCGCCUCUAAAGAUGACGACGUGUUUUACGACCCCAAUGAUGAGUGGGAGCAAGAUAUAUCUGCCUCAACCGCCGCCUCCUUUUCACGCAGAAGGAGCAGAAGCCUGUUGAAGAGCAGGAGGAUUUCAGGGCGUCUCUAUGAAAUCAGAGUGCACCCUAUUCAGAGCCUUCAUAAUAGCAACUUGCCACAGUCCUCUGGUCUGUUGGGUGUGGCCAAACCACCCUCUCUGCACCCAAGCUCGUCAGACUCCGUCCUGCCGGGGAUCUGCAAAGAUCUGAUUGGUCAGACGGUAGGGCAGCUGCGCGAGUGUCAUAGCCACGAGGAGAGCAUGGCAGACAGGCUAACCUCUGACCUCUGCUGUGUGCACACGGCCGUGACGACCAUCUCCGACCUGUAUGACGGCCUGGACGAUGACAGUCAGGAGAACAUGUUUGUGGCUGAGGCACAGAGCCAGCUGGUGAAGGCCACCUCAGCCAUCCAGAGAGCCGUGUUCAUCACCAUGCAGUGGGCGACCAGCGUCGAUCCCGGAACCGGAACGCUCUCCAUAAACGCAGAGGAGCUCAAGACCCAAGUCAAGAGAAUGGGAGGCUACUUUCAGCUUCUCAUCCAGGGCUGUGACUCUGAGAUCUCGUCCAUGGUGAACGAGGCCCACAGGAAGAGUGGUCAGUGUCUGGACUCGGCCCUGCAGGUCAUCAGCCACCUGGCGGCGUUGACCGGGACCCAGCUCCACGUGACUGAGCUGUGGGCCGAGGCCACGGGCAAGCGGUCUGUGGUCCUGUCUCUGUUGGAGGGGACCUGUAAAGGGGUGCACUCUCUCCUGGAGGAGGGCCUGACUAUCUCCAAGGAGAUGCUGAGCGAUGCUCAGCUGACCUAUCCCAGGACUCCGAGCCUCAAGUCGAAGAUGCUCGACCUGUCCUGCGCUCUCCAGCGCUAUAUCCACUGCCACAUGACGGAGAGGGAUGAAGGCUCGGAGAGGAACGGUGAGGACCUUGAUCCGUCACACCUGCACAGAGUGAAGAACACGGCAGCCAAACUGUUCCAGCUCAACAAGGACAUCGGGAAGCUCCACUCUGCUCUCUCUCUCGCCCUCCGAGGUAAAACCAGUGACGCCAGCCUCAGCGCCUGCCGAAGAACUGUCUUCUCCUCAUCCAAGACCAUCGAAGAGGUCAUCAACAUCCUCCCCAGUGGCGCCACGGGGUCGGCUACCAACAACUUCAGCCUCCGUCUGCCCUGCGUGCAGACCGUCAUGGCGCCCCGGGAUGAGCUCCACGCUGCCCUGCAGUCCCUGAGUAACGCCUUCAACCCCCAGGGCCAUGAGGAGGAGAAGACGGGGUCUUUUGGCUCAGAGAAAAGCUUAGUAGAAAUGAGUCUGGUGAAGGAGGUGCCUUCAGCCAUGGGAAUGAACAGAGGAGCCCCUAAGAUUGUUUAUUCUCUCUCUUCAGGGGUGUCUUCGUCUAACGAUGAUGAUGUGUGUUGUGUUUGAUGCACAGGCACAAUGAGCUGAUCCGGGUUGUGUUUCUGUAGGCGUGAAACUGCAGACACAAACUGGUAAAUGGGGAGGUAGUGAGAUCUGAACUUGUCCAAUAAGGAACACUUGUUUUUGGUUUCUGUUUCAAAACAUUUUGCUAAGGUGUGCCCUAAUGAACAUGACCCAGAUGAUCAAUGUAAAAAAAGAUACUGGUUCAAUGCCAUUGAUAGAAAGAACCUACAAUGAGAAUGUUUAUGUCAACGGUCCAUCCAAUUGCACUAAAACCCAAGGUUCCCUGUUGAAUGCUUUAUUUUGGCCAUUAAAGAUUUUAAUUCGAUUGUAAAGUACUUGGUAAUUAAGUUGUACAGCAGUGGAUUUGUUUGCCAUUUUGGUUAGAUCUUCUCAUUCUUGGUUCCUUUUAUGUGUAACGUCUGUUUUUCAUAUUGUUGCAUUAAUACAUAUGUAGGUGAAGGCACAACUUGCUGUAACUCACUCAAAGCGGUUAGAGGUGUCACGGUCAAGCUAUCCUUGGGAGGCUAUCAGUGCGUCAACUAUAUUCACUUAAAACCUUGCACAAAGUCAUUUUUGGCUUCUCAUUCAUGACACUUUUUGUCUCUUGGUAAAGAUUUUAAUUUUGAUACCUCACAAUCAUGUAACAUUACGA